GCGGCGGGAGCCGAACGCGGCGCCGGGUCGGAGGCCUCCCCGGCUCAGGGCGCCUCCGCGGCCUUCCCUUGUUCCAAGAAGCGCGUCCCAGAGGACCGCUGAGAUUCUCCGGAACCACAGCCCUGCCCGCCGGGCACUUAGAUACCAUCCUCGUCGCCGAAAGGCUCUCUGGAGCAAAGUGUCCUCCCGUCACAGCGGAUCACGCAUACCUUUUGGACUGCAUUCUUUGAUGCCGGUUCAUGCCCUCCGGAAACAGUAUGUCCUUUCUCCUAGUCAGUCCGAAGAGUCCAGUGAACACCUCGCGAACACUCGGAGACAUGCUUUCCUUGACUCUGUCUAGAGUUUCCCUACCAAAUUCACUGUACUGGAUAUGUAUUUAAUACAUAAAGAUGUUUCAAUAAAUGUUGCAUGAACGUUUUCUAUAAAUAUUGCUCUUGUACUUUCACCAAGAUUUCAAAUCCGGCCAAUUUGAGAUGACACAGCAGCAAUUAGAAAAGGAACAAUUCCACCGUCUCCCACCCCCCACUUUGUAAUAGAGUGCAGAGUUGCGAUGGCAGGAACAUACUACGGCAUCAACUCACUGACAGGAGUUUGCAAUACUUGCAGAAGCAACUGGAAUCAUCACAUCCCCUUCCUGGCCGGUUGCGGGACUGCAUUUCCCAAUCCGCAGGAGGCUCUGAAGAGCCUCAGCAUCUGCCGCCGGCAAAGGCCUCCUCGUGCAGAGACUGGAAGCAGACCAGGCACAGACAGGGCAUCUCGCCGCUCCUCCAGCUGCCAUGGCUGGAGCAGCGUCUGCCUUCUGAAGCCGGCGACCCACGUCCAGACACGGGUUUUCUUUCUUUCUUUUUGGUUAGGUAAGAGUUUCACGGGUGGGCAGAGAUUGUUUUCUCAGCGGUCAGUGCCAGGCCAGGACUUUUCUGUGGGAAUGGUCAGAGAGCAGGUUCCAAAGGACUUUGAGCUACUGCCUUUGUCGGCCAGUCUUCACAAAUUACAUUUGGGCUAAUUGGAUUAUAUCUGCUCCUGGCGUCUUGGAUUUUAAUCAAGUACAAAAGCAAUUGCAGAAUUCAGACAAGACGCUAUUUCCACAGUGCAAAUUUUGUGUCAGUGGCCCAGAAGAAAACACAUUCAAAUCCCGUAUCAAAACCAUGAGUGAGAACUCUGGCAAUAUUGGCUGCCUUCACAAGAGGAGAAGCAACAAAGAAGCCUGCCUUCUUUAGUGCCCGGGCAAGAUGUUUUCUGUCACCGUCCCUCUGGACUGAAAAUCGUCUAAGGUUGCCUCAUGGAGCUUAAGUCCUGAGAAAAAUCUCCAAAUGGUUUGCUUUUCUCAUACUAGCCUCUAGUUGUUUUUCUUUUUCCUUAAGUUCACCCUGAUUUUGCAUGAAUUGCUCUCACUUCAUCUUCUCAACUAGGCAGGAAUGGAUGCGUGUGAAUGGAGUUCCGGACAUUGCUGGGUAGAAUCCUGGCUGGUCUCAAAAUGGACAUCCAUUCCACGGGUGGUGCAUUGCUAACACCUGGAGAAACACGGAACUUGAAGCCCCUUAACCUUACGGGAGGAGAAGAAGGUGCUCUGCCCUCCUUUCCCUCCCAGCUGUGCCUAACCCCGCUAGACCGAGAGGCUUGAAGAAGGGUAUGAUUGAUGGCUACUCCAAACUCCAUGUCAUCAAAGAAGCCUGCGUAUGAUUUUUCGGCAACUCUUGUGUUUUGUGGUGGAGCCGCAGUUCACACUUGAGUCUCCUUACUGCAAAUGCUCGUUCUUACAGAGAUUGCGGCCAUGGGCAGGUCUCCGGCUCACAGGAUUGCUUCCUACAGAGUGCUGUGCAAAGAUGCCCUGGGUCUGCUGAGACCAUGCUGUUUUCAGACGCUCAGUCCGCUGGCCUCACUAAGAACCCAUACUUCGCAGACAGAGAUUGUGUCCUGGAUUUUGUUCAGAAAUUGCAGCCACUGUUGCUGUUCUUCAAGAGCCCAGCUCCACAGGUGAAAAGCGGGGUGGGUUGAGGGUACAGAAGUAGGCUUACUGAUGAAGAAUGGGAGUCAAGGGGGACGUCCAGUGACCCACGGGCUGUGACUCUGCAGAGCUGUUCACAAAUUGCCUAAGGAGGCACACACAGAUGGCGCUGCCACUGUCUAACUGGAAGGGAGCUCCAGGUUCUUGCCCACCUGCCGGAGCACUUCCUGGAAUGUUGGUCCCCCAACCCCUGAGGCCUGCUGCCCACCACCCCUCCCCCACCUCGGAAUGCCCGGACUGCUGCGGUUCUAUCCUGUUUACACUCAAACUUUGCCCUGCUCCACUUGGACCCCUGAGCGUCUGCUGAGCCAGGUCACGCUCCUGGUCCUGCCCUUGACUUUUCUUAUCGAGGAGGCCGCCAGACGGCUGCUGUCGGUGCCUGUCCUGCGGGGAUGGCUUCAGAAGGAGCGUCCUCAGUGCUGAGACCGGACAGGACCCUGAACCCCGGUGCCUCCAUGCCUCCGUUCACGGCUCUGCCCUUCCCCCCACCCGUCCCCGGCCCAGCACACCGGCCACCCUGGGGACAGCAGCCACCACCCCUCAUGACCGCAGCGUUCCCUCCUGGAACCCCGCUGGUGCUGUCUGCUCUGCCCACGACUCCUCUGCUGGCAGGAGACGGUGCCUGUGGCGCGAGUGGGGCUGGCGCCUUCAACGUCCUUGUCCAAGUCAGACCAGAGGCGGGGCCGGUGCAGCCCCCCCACACUCAGACCUUGGUCCUGACUCAGGCCCCGCUCAACUGGGGUGCUCCGGGAGCCCUCUGUGGGGGUGCUGAGGGUCCGGCCCCCCUGCUCUUGGCAGCUCCUCCCGUGGAGACCGUGGUGCCUGCGCCAGUCAUCGGCAGUGGCCCGGGUGUUGGUGGUGCUCCGGUUGUUGGCGGCGCCCCAGUCAUUGGCGGCGUCCCGCUCCUUGGCGGUGCCCCGGUCAUUGCCGGCGUCCCAGUCGUCGGCAGUGCCCCGGUUGUUGGCGGCGCCCCGGCCGGCAAGGGAGGCUGGUUCACGGGCCUUCCUCACCCAGAGCCCCCACCAGCGGCCCAGCUGGCCGCCAUCGUGUCCCCAGUGAAAGCUCGGCCACAGCCCCCUGGCGCGUGCAGGGAGGGCAGCCUGCCCCCCUCCCAGGCCAAGGCCUCACGGGAUGACUCCUGUAACUCCAAGAGCGUCUACGAGAACUACCGACGCUGGCAGCGUUUCAAGUCGCUGGCCCGGAGACACCUGGCCCAGAGUCCGGACACCGAAGCGCUUUCCUGCUUCCUCAUCCCAGUGCUUCGAACCCUGGCCCGGCUGAAGCCCACCAUGACCCUGGAGGAGGGGCUGUGGCGGGCCCUGCAGGAAUGGCAACACAAAAGCAACUUUGACCGGAUGAUCUUCUACGAGAUGGCGGGAAAGUUCAUGGAGUUUGAGGCAGAGGAGAUGCAGCAUCAGCAGGUGCAGUGGAUGAAGGGGUCCCAGUUCCUGCCGCGACCGGCCCCUCCGAGGCCAGCUCCUCUAGGGUCCCCAGCCCCUGAGGUUGUCCAGCAGCCAGCCCAGCGGCGGCCACCCGAGACCAAGGCGCCCAAGGAGGUGCCCCCUGAAGCCGUGAAGGAAUACAUGGACAUCAUGGACGAGCUGCUGGGGCCUGCCCGCAGGGCUCCAGAGGAGCCCGAUGCACAGUGGGAAGAGGACGCCACUGCGCAGUCUCAGGACGAGGCCGGGACCUCCCCGGACCCAGGACUCCUCAGCUACCUUGACAAGCUGUGCUCCCAGGAAGGCUUCAUCACCAAGGUAGAGGCCGUGAUUCACCCCCGAUUCCUGGAGCACCUGCUUUCCCCAGAAGCAGAUAUGGAUUCCUUGGCCCUAACCCAAGAGCUGGAGCAGGAGGAGGGGCUCACCCUCGCGCAGCUGGUGGAGAAGCGACUCCUGGACUUGAAGGAGGAACGGGGUGUGGGGGCAGCCCCGAGUCGUGGUGCACCCAGGUUGGACUGGAGUCCUUCUAAGUCUGCAGCUGGCCGAGGUGCAGACAGCGACGGCUGUGGCCCCCAGCUGGGGGUUGGUGCAGAAACCUGCCCACCACAGAUGGCUUCCCGGGCCCCUCCAGGACACGGCAGAGUGCAAGCCGACCUGCCCAGGCCCAAGGCCCCUGCUCACCUCUCCGUGCGUCCAGAGUCCCCCAGGCUGAAGGCUGCCCGGCCAACCUCUCCUCCCCAGGGCCGAAGACCCUCCUCCCCUGGCCUGGGGACCUGGGAUGCCUUAGGUCUCCCAGGAGCCUCUCCUGUCGGGGAGACGCUCGGGCCAGGCGAUGGCUCCAGUGAGGAUGAGGAGGAGCUCCCCAGCCUGGCCUUCCUCCUGUCCUCCCAGCACAGGCUGCUGCCCUGGGGUCUGUCCCAGAGCCCUGUCCCUGCCCAGCCCCCAUCUGCUCAGAGAAGAGGCCUCAGCCCAGCCGCCCCUGUGGCGGCCGAGUCUAAGAAGCAAACUCUCUCUGGGGGCCCGUCCUCUGCUGAAGAGACCGCCCACCCAGGGCCUCAGCUUGGGGUCUCUGGGGGGCAACCCCUGGCCCUGGUGCCAGGUCGAUCCUCACAGCCUCAAAAGAGAAGGGGUGACCCGUUUGUCUCCGGGACGAGGAAGAAGCGGCGCCGUAGCCUGUAGGGACAGUGGGGUGGCCGUUUGGGCGCCAGCCCCCAGUGGGCCCUGGCGGAGAGUAGCCCCUCGCUGCAUCUUGCAGCCCGAAGUGCCAAGGGCUCCGCCUCACGCAGCGCUGGUCGGCCGGUCCUCGGCCGCCGGGGGCGGGCUGGGGAAUGGA